AUGAACGAAUCUAAUUUUGAAGAAAAUGAAAAUUAUCAAGAAAAUUUUCAAAGUGAAAAUUCUCAAAGUAGAAAUUUUCAAAGUAGAAACUCCCAAAGCAAGAAUUCUUUAAAUGAAAAUUCUCAAGAAUCUACUUCAAAAAAAUUGGCUGGACGACCACCUGCAGGUGUUUGGCAUUUUUUUGACAGAGGUGUUUCUGUAAAAGGUCACUGUUCAGGAAAGUGCAAAGUAUGUGGAUCUUUUUGGGCACGUGCAAAACCUGUAGAUUUAGAAGAACAUUUAGCUUUAGAUUGUUCGAAUCAAGAUAGAGAUGUUAUAGAUUUUUAUGCUCAAGUUGUUGCUAAUCGACAAAGUCAUAGCCAAGCAGUAUCUCAAGAAACUCUACCUGGUUCUAAUUUGAACAAAAGAAAACGUACACUUACAAAUAGUCAAACAUCAUUAUCUGAAUUUAUAGAAAGUACUAAAUUAACUUCACAACGUGAAGAUAAUAUUAAUUCAGCUUUAAUAAAAGCAUUUAUAGUAUGUAAUAUACCUUUUCAUAUUAUCAGCAAUCCAUAUUUUAUUGAUGCACUUCGAGAAUUACGACCUGGUUAUCAACCUCCAUCAAGACAACUAUUUGCUGGACGAUUAUUAAAUGCAGAAAUAAUCAAAAUUAAUCAAAGUAUUAUGGCUGUUUUAGAAAAAGCUAAUAAUUUAACUCUUGGCUUAGAUGGAUGGACAGAUCCGAAUAAAAAAUCGUUGUGGAAUUUUGUAAUUCAUACUUCUAGUGGACGAGAAUAUCUUUGGAAAAUACUUGAUUUAUCUAACCAAAGUCAUACUGGUGAAACUUUACGAAAUU